AUGACGAGCCAGUACAAGCGAGAGCUCACGAGGUUCAUGUCGUUUAAAGACGGCGUCACGUACAGCAACGAUCGUGUCUUCACGACGGCUGAGCUUCUUCAAGUAACACCCGACCAUUUGUGCCGCUGGAUGCACAAGCAAGCGUACGGCGACCCCGAACCAGCCGAAGACAUGAAGCCAGUCCAUCGGCGCUCAAGUACUCUAGAAUUCACCAAGAAAGCACUUUCUUCAUUUAUGCCGCGGGUACAUACGUCCUGGGAUCCUGUGACCGAGCGAGGGAACCCCACUCGCUCUGACGCUGUGAACAAACUGAUAAAGAAGGUGAAAAAGUUUGAAGUUCGCCGAGAGGGGGCGGAUUCUCAAGCUCGCCGCGCUGUGGAAUUUAAUGAGUUCCUUAACCUGCUACAACUCAUUCGAGCACAAUGGAAAUCCGAUGUAUCAGCCUACAUGGUGAGCAGCAUGCUGACACUCCAGUGGCAUAUUUGCGCUAGGAUUGACGACAUGAUGAAACUGCAGUUUAGCAACUUCUCGCCAAACACGCAGUACCCUUCUACUUUACUCCUGCAGAUGUGA